CAGUACUGUGUGUCACUCUGGAUAAGGGCUUCUGCUAAGUGAUUGUAAUUUAAUGUGAUGAAAUAUACUACUAUUCAUAACAUAGGCAAAAUGACUGACAAAACCCAAGUCAGUUACUCACUACUGAUCGUGUGGGGCCGACAUGUUCCCAGGUCACCGCAACUGCACCUCAACCUCCUGUGGACCAAACGCGGAGUGUACCAGUUAUGGAGGCUGUGUCUGCAUUCUAGGAUAUGAGUAUCCUGUGAAUGUCCUGCCAACUCCAGAGUCUUUCUGUUAUGAUGUGGAUGAGUGUGCCCCAAACCCAUGUGGCGCCAGGACAGAUUGCUACAACACUGUAGGAAGCUUCUACUGCCUCUGCAUGGAAGGGUACAUUUCCUCCACUGGAGUUAACUGGGUGUCUGGGACUACUGUGUGCCAAAGUACAGAGGAAUAUCUUGCCUCUCUAACUCUUCCAGAGGGACAGUCACCUGAGAUGUACUUCCUAGACCAAAUGACCAAGGAUUUGGAGGACAACCCUGAUCUUGUUCUGACUGAGAAGAAAGUGACUGAUAUUGUGACCAUGAUCCUGGCCAUCAUAGCCAACAUGAAGCCAAAAGAUGGCGACUCAGAGAUAGCCAACGUCGUCCUGAACAUCUUAGAGGGGCUUGUGUCUGCCCUUGUUGAUCCCACAUCUCUGGAAGAUAAACAAGUGAUUCAGAAAAAUGUGACAGCACCAGCUAUAGACAUUAAUUUAGUAAGCCUUAAAGGGGAUACUGAGACGCCUGCUAUGCUUGCCAUGGGAAACAUGAUGACUAUCAAUCUUGCAGCUGUUGCUAAAAAUAACAACGGAUCCGCUUCUGCUGUUCUGAUGUCAAUUGAUGGGAUGGAGACGUUCAUGAGUUCCAGUUUCUUCGAAAGUGAAAAUGUCACAGAGAUGUAUUCUGACAUCAUCACUGCCACACUGCCUAAGACGAGGCACAAGGAGCUCCCUGAGCCUGUCAAGUUCACUAUGCACCACAAGAAGGAGACGUUCCAGGCUGGCCUGGUUACCUGUGUGUACUGGAAGAUAAAUGGAACUGAGACGCACUGGUCAGAGGAGGGGUGCACGGUCUCCUACUCCAAUGAGAACCACACUGUAUGCAGCUGUACCCACCUCUCCACCUUCGCCCUCCUCCUGCAGACGGGGGGACAGAAUAAUGAAGAGGAUGAUCCUCUGCUGGAGAUGGUAGACCUGUUAUGUAUGUGUGUGGGUCUGACCUUCCUCGCCCUCGCCAUCCUCACAUUCCUGCUGUGCACAUGGAACCCUAAGGUCAACAACACCGCCCGCCUCCACCUCAGCAUCUGCCUCUUCUUGGGUCACCUGCUCUUCCUGGUGGGCGUGUCUCGCACUGAGAAUGCGGUGGUGUGUGCAGUCAUUGCAGGCUUGCUGCACUUCAUCUUCCUGGCGGGCUUUGUGUGGAUGUUGCUGGAGACUGUGCAGCUGUUCCUGUUGGUCAGAAGCCUGACCAAAGUAAAGGUCAUCCAGAAGGAGGGGCUGAGGCCACUGUACCUCCUGCUGAUUGGCUACGGAGCUCCCAUGGUGGUGGUGGGAGUGUCUGCAGCAGUGUUUUCAGGAGGUUAUGGCAGCAAAGACACUUGCUGGUUAAAACAAGAAAAAAAUUUCAAUUGGAGUUUUAUUGGCCCAGUCGUUGCCAUUCUCACACUCAACUUGGUCUCAUUUGGUGUGAUCAUCUGGAGCCUGCAGCCUACACUAGCCAACAUGAAGAGUAAUGUUUCCCAGUCAAAAGACACCAGACUGAUUAUCUUCAAAAUUGUUGCCCAGUUUUUUGUUUUGGGGUGCGCCUGGAUCCUGGGAUUUUUCCAGAGCAGCCCUUUCUUGAAAUACCUCUUCAUCAUCCUGAACUCACAGCAGGGCACCUUCAUCUUCAUCGUUCACUGUCUGCUGAACAAAGAGGUGCGAAAGGAGUACAGGAGGUGGUUCUCAUGUCUGUGUAGAAAAGAGGGACCGUCAGGAGACAGUGCUACUAAAGACACUGUGAACGAUGCAUCUCAACCCACAAAAGACAUGGACAAGGCAGAUCACCAUCAUCGAUAAGGAACUGAACAAUUAAAACUUUUUUAUGGAACUACAAAUACACAUUAAUUCGUAAAUACUUUUUAAUAUAUCAAACAAUGGUUACUGUAGAUUGAAUUAUAGAUAUAACUGCAUAUGCUUGAAUUGGUAGUUAGUUGCAUGUAAAUAUAUUGUUUUUCAAGUUUAGUAAUACAGAAUAAGCAGUUGACAAGCAGUGUGGAAGAUGUCAAUUAUUGUCAGAGAAAAGAAGACUUCUGUAUAAAAUAAAUGCUAAAUAAAGAUGAUAUAUUCGUCUGUGGUGGCUUGUGCGACUGUGUGGAAUGUGUUAUACAAUUUUUAUUUAUUAGGCAUGCUGGGAAAUAUGUUAAACUGUGCAUCACCUUGGAUGGGAUGUGUCGGUUUGUUGAUGGGUUGCGUGAGGGUUUUGUCUGCAAGUAUCAAGUAGAUGGUAUGUAUUACAAAAUUAGCUUUUAGCUAACAUGCUUUCAUAUGUUAUAUUUUGUAAUCUAAUAAUAGACAAAUUUUAACUAACAUCUUC